AUGUCGGUAGAGGCGAGUAGACCGACCAGGUCACAGGACCCCUUACCCGCUGCUGUCAUUAGAGAGUUCCUUGAGAUGCAUCAGCAGUGUAAUGACCAGUCAUUAGGCCAGGGCGAGAGCCCGACAGGAACUGAGAAGGAUGGGACGAGGGCCGCUGAGGCUCGUGUUGUCUCUGCACCACUGCGUGUCGAGGUGGAGACAACCCACGGCUACGUGUAUGAAGGGAGGCUUGUUGCCAUGGAUGAAUUCUACAAUGUCACGCUUACGGAGGCAACCAAGAGACGUGAGCGCCUCUGUGAUGUGGAGCGGUCUCUCCUGACGAUGCAUGGGUUCCCAGCACCUGCUGCAAGCCCCUCUACGCGGCGUGAAUACGUCGGCUCUGUGCUGGUGCGGAGUGGCAAUUUACUGAUGAUACGGUUCCCGCAGGGGGAGGGAAAUGCCACUCGUGUGCUGCACGGCGCUUUCAAAUCAAUGGUGAUGAAGGUGAGGCGGCAAAUUAAUUUAGAACGGCAGAAGAAUCGCAUGGAGCGCCGCCGGCGGAAGCAGCUCCCAGUCAAGCCCCAAUCACUGGUGGGGAAGGCGGGAGACCCUCCCAAACGGACCAAAGCAAAGAAAGAGUGA